UGACGUGCAGUGCAUGAGUGCAGUCUGUGGUUUCGUUUGACGUUUAUCUUUUUGUGAUUAUUUAUUGUGCGUUGGUUAAAUAAAUAACUCGACCAGUUUACGUGUAUUUAACAUGACAAUUUUGGAUUUCACGUGAACAAAACGAUCAUAUAGACUGUACCUUUUGUUACUUCAACCGAUAGUGGCGUGGUUAUGGAAAGAACAAACAAUAACAUCAGCGAUAUGAGCCGCCGAGCCGGAGAGGUUUUUAGGCGUAUCAACAGAAUAUUCGACGGUCCGUUGACGAGGAAGAAGCUUGUUAUACUUAUCCUCGUGCUAAUCUUCCUGUUACUCUACAUUGGACCCACUGUCUUGAAUUCUCUCUUCAAUUCCGAAGGUUCGUUGACAAGUAACCAAAAUGUAUGUCAUCGGACCUUCUUGAGCCCAUUUCAAGACGCUAUUAGUGAGUAUGAUGCUUAUUUAAGACUAGAAUCUGCAGCGACGCUGUCUACGUUAAGCCACAACUACGUCCCAUACGUGGGCAAUGGUUAUUUAGGUCUAACAUUAGAACACGAUUCACAUUUGAACAUAAAAUAUGGAAGAACCUUAUCUUUGCCCCUUUACUAUCACCCUCUGUAUAUAAUAGAUGAUUUGGAUAUGAAGGAAUCGACGCUAGUGGAUUACAAAAAUGGAAUUGUACACAGAUUUCAAUGUAGCAGUACAGGUAUACAUAUAUCAUAUAAGUACUAUGCUCACAGGACUAUCCCCUCACUGUUUGUGCAAGACAUUUUAAUUAACAACCCAUUGAAUGUUGCAAAGUCUUUCCAUGUCACCACACCGAGGUUGUCAGAUUGGCCCACAUCUGUCAAACAGACUGUAAAGCUCCACCAAGGAGUUGAUAAAAAGGAGUAUGAAGUGGUUACAGGUAUGAUCGCAUUGCCAGAGAGUGAGAAUGUUGUUGCAGUAUCUGUUGUGUGCAGAAAGAUGAGCAGCAUCAUACAAGUCGAGGCCCGAGAUGGUUUAGAUCUCUUAAUAUUUACUACAGUGCAGUAUAGUAAACCUAUUAAGAGAGCUGAUUAUGCAAAACAAAAAGAUAUAGUAGAGAAACAAGCGAUAGAUGAAAUGGAAAAAGUUAUAGCGUUAACUGGAGAUAGAGUCGCAGUGAGAAAUUUGAGAGAGAACCAUGCUAGAGUAUGGCAGGGGCUUUGGUAUACUGGCUUCUAUAUAUCUGACUCUAAAGCCAGUGGUGUUAUCAAUGGAGACAGAAUAAAUGCUACAAUAUAUACUAUACUUUCCCAAGUGCGAAGUUAUGAGCAUGAGGAGCAUAUCAAACCUGCUAGAAAGUCUGAGAUCCUUAGAACUUUAACAUACUCUGAAGGUUGUUACGAAGGACAUUCCACAUUAGACGCAUAUAACUUAUGGAAGCCUUUGAACUCAUUAACAAACUUGGACUCUGUUGCAAGUGUGUGGCUUUUGACAUUAGAAAAGCAAGGUUGUCACAAUCUACUGCGAGCAGGGGCUAGCGGAGUCAAUCAGGCCAUGAUACUUAGUUUCGGUAGCUUUAGAUUUAGCAAUCAGCAUCUUGAAUACAACAUCCAUCCAUCUAAAUUACACAGGGACUUUUUAUUCCGUCGACUCAAUUAUGGUAACAUGACUCAUGUGAACAUCAGUGUAAUUCUACAAGAGGACAAUAAAGCUGCUAUAUUUGUAGCCCUGGAUCGCUCAGACAAAACUUAUUAUGCAUGUGAUGCAGGUUGCCUUGACUCUCCAGUCCAAUUGGGACCAUAUAGGAAAUAUUUCCCUGUGAAAUUAACAGAGCCUUUGACCGCUAUACUGUAUGUAACUGCUGAUAAACAGCACAUGGAGGACUUGCGGCAUGCUAUCCAUGUGAAAGAAGUCGUAGAAGCACCCGCACAUGAAAAUCAUGUGAUAGCAUUGCAUAAACACGGCCACAGUCUAGGCGGCCUUAACCCAUUAUUUUGGAUAUCAAUAAUAGUUCUAAUAGUAAUGUUCCAUUUAUUCCUUUGUAGGAUAAUAAUGAAUGAAUUUUGUGAUAGUGGCACAAACAUCAGUUACAAGCGAUUAUAUAAUAAAGCUUAAGCAUGUUCCCUUGUGAUAUAAUAAAGUAGGUGUUAAAAGUUUAAAAUGGUAUUGCACCAGCUUCAGUAUUUGUUUAAAUAUAUUGCAGGUAUAAGAGUCACAGAACAUUGGCUUAAUAUAUUCACUGCCAGUUAUUUGCUUAUUAAAAAAUUUUAUAUUUAUUGAGUAGUAAUUGAAAGAUAGCUGUGUUUCCGCUAGAUUUGAUUGCACCACCACUGGUUAAAUUUUAUCUAUUUCUCAUUUUCAUGAGAUUAUCUCCUUGGUCACAUAUUUGCGCCAGUAGCUUCAAAUACAUGGUAGACAAUAUACUAUUAACAAGUAUACUGUGAAAUUUUGUUCUGGAUGCCGGUUUUUUUUACUUUAUAUGCUUAUUCAGUAAUCUUAAUUUGUCAUUAAAAAUUCAAUUAUAUUGUGCUUUAAUGUGAGGCCGUAGAAAAUUUUGACUAUUGAAAUACUGUCACUCUAGCUGACAAGCAAGUUUCUGGUAAGGCAAUUAUAAAAGCUUGUUGCAUCACACAAUUAUUGAUAGGUAUAUGUUAAUGCCCUGUAGCAGUUAAAAACUUAAGAACAAUAGAUUCAAGGACCAAUUGCAUAACAACAAUUAGAUUUAAAAAAGCAUUAUUUAUAUUUAAUGUUUAGUAUUAUAGUUAUCCAAAAGCAUUGGUUUCCAAUUUCCAUUUUACUAGUAAUGAAUUAAAAAAUAUGAAAGCUAUGAACAUUAAUGUGAAACUGCAAUCAAAACACUGCCUAAUGAUAUAGUGCAUUAAGUUUAAUAUGAGUUGCCAGGUUAUUUAUGUUGUUAAAUUGUUAUUAAGCGCUAAUCUUUUGGGUCAUGCUGCUACACAAUUCCUCAUCAAUUAACAUUAAUGUUUUAAUAGUUCAUUAAUGAAACAAUAGGAAAUUAUAAUCUAUUCUUGUAACCACAUUGUUACGUUUCUGUGUUAUCAGAUAUUUUGUUAUUAUCAUCACUUUCUGUCAUAGAUUAAAUAGAAAAGUUAGAUGGAGCAUAAAUUAAAAACUGUUUAAUGUUUUGUCAUUAAAUAAAUAAACUUCUCGGAAAAUAAAUCAUAAUAUUAUAAUUAAGUGUAUUGGAUCUUAUUUCGAACGUGGAUAUUGACGAUGAGUAUGGAAAAUAUACUAAUUAAAAACUUGCAUGUAAACUUAGAUAGAUAGAGAGAAUGGAAUUUAGAAAACAAUCUUGAAAUAUUGCUACAUUUUUCAAUAAAUAAAUAGUUUGUGUCUACAAUAAUUGAAUAAUAUUCAAUUAAAUUUUUAAAUUAUGAAAUUUUAAAAAAAUUAGGUAUUAUUGUUAUGAAAAAUUAUGUUUGUAAUCGAUUAUAAUACGCCUACGCAGUGCAUGACAAAUCCGAGUGACAAAGGAGCGGUUUUGAAAAGUGGCAAAUAUUAUUAAAAAAAAAAAUUAUAAUCUGCUCGCCUAUUCCUCCUGCGCGGGCUACGACUUGGGUUAACCUACCAACAGAAAGAGCAGCUGAGGUCUUUUAAGCGCUCCGAUGCUCAUAAUCAUUUCGUCUAUUAAUCUUUUCUUUUAAUCUAUGACAAACUAGAAUGAAUCUGUAUAGUUCAGACAAAUAGGUACCUUUGUGCGUAAAAGUUGAUUCAAUGGAACAUUUAUUGCAAUUCUAUAUUAUCACUUAUCUAGUAUCUAGCUUGGAUUGUUAUCAUGGUAACUGCUGUUGCAAGUCAAUGUUUAGUUUUAAACUGUAUCAGACCUAUCUUUAAACAUGACUAAUAUUCAAACUAAAUUCAUGUUUAUUGAGUAACAUUGUAUAGGUACCUAAAAUUAAAGGCAUCUUAGUCUGCUAAGAGCCUAAAACAAACUCGUUUUUGUUAUCACCAUCACACAAUAUUACUUAAGUAUUAUUAAUGGAAGUUCAGUCUUUUCGGAUUUAUAUUGAUUUUGACCUCGAAGCUUUUCUGGCUAAAAGGGUUUAUAAUGUUCUCGUGUAUUAUUUACGUGGCGACAAACAUACAAGCCAUUCUAGCCCUAUAUAUAGGUCUUACGCGCAAAUAAAUAAAAUAUAAUGUUUUAAACAAUAUAACACACUGUAUAAUUUUUGUGAAGAUAAUUGUAUAUUAUAAAUAUAUAUUCUUUUUCGUUGUCCUUAUCGGUUAUAUCAGUGCGAUAACUAUUGUAUCUGAUAAAUAAAUAAUAUAUUGCAAUAUAAUACUUAUGUUAGGUAUUAUUAUGUGAAACUAGAUGUAAGAGUUAGUAAACACCAACCAAUAUGUAUGUAAAUAUUGUUCGAAUGUUACAUGUAGCUUGAUCUCUGUUAAAGUAAUUUAUUGUAUGAGAUAAAAUGCAAGAAAAAAAUAUAUGCAAUAGUACCCCCCGCGGUACAGGGGUGAGGUGUAUGACUAUGACGUUAGAGUGGAGAGAGUAUUGAGAGGCCGACGCAUUCUUCAUUCAUUCGCGCGUAUCAAUGAAUGGAAAUCUGAAAACAUUCAUUCAUUGAUACUCGCGAAUGUUGCCAUCCCUUUCUCGCUCCCCUGUCUUCAUAUCGCCCUAUCCUGUUCACGCAGCCGAGGUAUCGGUUAAGUAUACUUACGUUAUUCUUCAAAUACCCUUGUAAAAUUACAUGAAGAUUUUGUAAACUAGUAAUUAAUAUUAAUGUAAUAUUUUCCUGAUUGGUCAUUAAUAAGCAUGUGUAAUUAUAAAAUAAAGGAAAUAGUCUGUCUAUUUCAGAAAAUAAGUAUAUUAUAAAUCAUUAUAAUUUUAAGAUAAUUAUUUAAUACAAGAUGGCGCCCUUCCAGCCAUUAACGGCAUCAGUCCGCCAAUAUACCGAUAAUAAGUAGUGUUACAUUUCUUAGAGCGAAUAAACAUAAACUUCACUGAAAUAAAAAAUAAUUUAUAGAUAUAUAUAUAAUUGGUUAAAAAUUUCAUUUUAUUUAAUUCCUCUAUUACAAAGACUAGGCUUUGGAUUCAUACAAUUUUGUACCAUCUCCUUUAGUAUAAAGACAUAGGUAGGUAAAUAAUAAUUUGUUUAUUAAAUUGUACAUAUUUGUAUGCUAUAUUGAAGUGCAGUUAUAUUGUUAUAAGAUUGUGGUGUAUUAUAUUUUUUAAAUAAAAUUACAAUCGUAUGUUGAAUA